AGCGUAAUGAAAGUCAUUCAGUGUUUUCACGGAAGUAUUGUCGUAGUACGUUACUCCGAUGAAUCACGAUGAGGGUGGCAGUGUUUGUUUAUUUGCUGACGAUUAGCUUUUGCGCGUCUGAAGACGUUCCAUCAGUUUCGACACCUUCGGGAAAAAUAGUAGGUUAUUAUCAAACGUCACACCAAGGAAACCGAUAUGAAGCUUACGAAGGGAUACCUUACGCGUUACCGCCGAUUGGAGACAGGCGAUUCAAACCUCCGGAACCGAUAACCAAACAACCAAGCGUCACAGUCGCCAAUAAAUUAACCAAACAUUGCCUGGAAUACGAGCGCAUCACAUUCCCGUCGGGCAGUCAUGUCCGUGGUGACGAGGACUGUCUGUACUUGCACCUCUACGCACCAAUUAGGAAAACCAACGCAUCGCUACCAGUGAUAUUUUGGAUCCACGGUGGCGCCUUUCAAUACGGCACAGUCAUGGAAAACGAAGCCUACUACUUGAUGGACCACGACGUGGUUUACGUUUCGGUAAACUAUCGUCUUGGUAUACUCGGAUUUUUGAGUACCGAAGACGAUGUAGUAUCCGGCAACAUGGGUCUGAAGGAUCAAGUAGCAGCGCUGCAUUGGGUUAAGAAAAACGUCCAGUACUUUGGAGGAGAUCACAACAGAAUAACACUCAUGGGUUUGAGUGCCGGUGGGGCUAGUGUUCAUUAUCAUUAUCUGUCACCGAUGACUGCCGGAUUAUUUCACAGCGGAAUAUCGUUCAGCGGCACGGCUCUGGACUGCUGGACGCAGACUCAAAAUUCACGAGAAAAGGCUGUGAAACUGGGAGAACUCAUGGGCUGUCCAGUCAGCGAUAUCCCUGCGAUGAUUCGAUGUCUAAAGGGAAUACCCGCUAGUGAGCUGGUCGAGGCUCAGGUUCAUUUUAUGCCAUGGCGAUUGAACCCUUUCACACCAUUCGGUCCUGUGGUAGAGAAGUUUUCGGAAAAUCCAUUCAUCGAUCAGUCUCCGAUCGAAAUAAUAAAGAAUGGCAAAGUUCACGAUUUACCUUGGGUUGCUAGUGUGGUUAGCGAAGAGGGACUGUAUCCCCUAACAGAGUACAUAACUAAGGCCGAAGCCUUGGAAGACAUCGACAAAAAUUGGGAAUCUAUAGCACCUCACCUACUUGAUUAUUACUACACUAUACCCAAAGAGAAACAUAACAGCACUGCAAAGCUUAUUAGAAAGCAUUACUUUGGGGAUGAACCAAUUGGCGAGGAGAAUAUAAGAAGUCUGACGCAUCUUGUAGGCGACAGAAUGUUUAUUGUAGAUGCGGAAAAGGCUGCCAGAGCCCAGGCUGAAGCUAAUCGUAGUCCAGUAUUCUUCUACUAUUAUAGUUACAGAGCUUCUACUAGUAUAAGUGAGAGCGAGACUGGAAGUUCAGAAGACUUUGGUGUAUGUCACGGCGACGACGUGUGCUUAGUUCAGAAAAAUCCUUUUGUUACACCGACAAAAACAUCAUCGGAUAUGGCAAUGCACAACGAAUUGGUUCGAAUAUGGACGUCUGUAGCGAGUAAAAGUGUUCCGAAAAUCGGGCAGCAGUGGCUCAGAGUCAAUUCAACGAAAAAGCCAUUCGAGUAUCUGCAUAUUCGAGGACCAUCCAAUUCCAGAAUGGAGAGUAACCAUAAUUUAGCCAAUAAACUGUUCUGGAAAUCGAUCGACUUCAACGAAAACAAAAUUCAUCAUGCAUCGACUUGAUGCUCUCUAGUAUUACUACACCAAAGAGUUUUGUACAAAAAUAUCGUAAAUAAAAAAUUAACUUCUUUACAACAAA